AAUUGAAAACUCCGCUCUCAUAUUCGAAAAGAAAGAGCCGUAAGGAGUUUGGAUCUGAGGAGGUAAAGACUAAAGACGUAGAUGGCGACGAAGAUCGGGAUGAUGGAUUCAGCUUAUUUCGUAGGGAGAUCGGAGAUUCUAGCGUGGAUUAACUCCACUCUGCAACUAAAUCUCUCCAAAGUGGAAGAGGCUUGUUCAGGAGCAGUUCACUGUCAGCUAAUGGACUCGGUACACCCUGGAGCUGUGCCGAUGCACAAGGUUAAUUUCGAUGCCAAGAGUGAGUACGAGAUGAUUCAGAACUACAAGGUUCUUCAGGACGUGUUUAACAAACUCAAGAUCACUAAGCACAUAGAAGUGAGCAAGCUCGUUAAGGGUAGACCAUUGGAUAACUUGGAGUUCAUGCAAUGGAUGAAGAAGUACUGUGAUUCUGUCAAUGGUUCCCAGCUUCACAAUUACCACGCACUGGAGAGAAGAGAAGCCUGUAAAGGAGGAAAAGAAGCAACCAAGAGAGCUGCAGCUACACAACAAUCAGCCAAGAGUUCUUCAGUUGGACCUAGACCUUCAUCUUCAAAUGGAACCCGUAAACAUGAAGCACCAUCCUCUGGGAAUCAGCACUCUUCAAAAGCACCUUCUUCUAAACAAUCUAAACCAGUGACUGCUGCUUAUGAUGAAAAGAUCACAGAACUGAAACUGUACAUAGACAGUUUGGAAAAAGAGAGAGACUUCUACUUCUCUAAACUGCGUGAUGUAGAGAUUCUCUGUCAGAACCCUGACACAGAUAACUUACCUCUUGUUGGUUCCAUUAAAAGGAUACUCUACGCAGCAGAUGGAGAAGAUGUUGGAGGAGGAGGAGCAGAAGCUACAGAGACACAGACCUUAAGGCCUAUUGCUGAAUCAUCUUCAGAAGAGAGAAGGAGCAGUGGAUUAGAGUCGCAGAAGAGGAAACUCAUAGUGAACCACGACGUGGAUGCUGCAGCGGUUACAACUCUCUCUCCAAGGCAACGCCUCUCUGAUUCUACUGAUGUCAAAUGCAGUGGAUCAUCUCCUCUUUUAACUUGCUGAAUCAGAAAAAAAUAAUAUAAAAACGAUGAAUUUACUUACUUAUGUCUCUCUCAGAAAGAUUGUUUUUAUGUUUGAAAAAAUCCCAUCACUUCUAUAUUAUAAACCCAAAAUAUCAUGCAUGUGAUGUUUUAUAAUA